AUGGAGAGGUAUAAGGAGAGGCUAGUGGCUAGAGGUGACACUCAAGUAGAGGUUAUAGACUUUGCUGAAACAUUUUCUCUUGUAGUAAAAAUGUGUACUGUUAAAUGCCUCAUUGCUUUUCCUGUCAAACAUAAUUGGUCAUUGUUUCAAUUAGAUGUGAACAAUGCAUUUUUGCAUGGGGACUUAGUUGAGGAAAAAUCCUUGUAUGGUUUGAGACAAGCUUCUCGGCAAUGGUAUGCAAAGCUAUCUCAAGCUCUUUGUUCUAGAAGAGCUGUUACUUCCUCUAUUUUCCUUGCUGUCUAUGUGGAUGAUAUCAUCCUCACUGGGGAUGACAUGGCUGAAAUCACUGCCUUAAAAAGUUUUCUGGAUAUUGAGUUUAAGAUCAACGAUUUGGGCCUUCUUAACUACUCUCUUGGCGUUGAGGCGCUUUAUCACUCUUCAUGGGUUCUUCUACACCAGAAGAAUUUUAUCUCUGAUUUAUUGAUUGAGUUUGGGUGUUCAGAUAUCUCUCCUGUUGUUUGUCCUCUUGCUUUGUCCACAAAGCUACAUUUUGAGGUUGGGGAUGUCUUUCCUAGGCCUGAUACUUAUCAGAGCUUAAUUGGUAAACUCAAUUUUCUCACUCAUACUAGGCCCCACUUACGUUUUGCUAUGCAACAUCUUAAUCAAUUUCUUAAGGCCCCUCGAGUUCCUCAUAUGGCAGUUGUAUUACAUGUUUUAAGGUACUUAAAGGGCACUCCUGAUGUGAUAGUUCUUUUGAACAAUUCUUCUGAUUUUUCUCUCCAUGGAUACUGUGAUAGUGAUUGGGUAGCCUGCCUUAAGACUCGCAAAUCAAUUACUGGUUUCUGUGUUACUUUUGGAGGUAGUUUGAUAAGUUGGAAAUCUAAACAACAGCAUGUGGUGUCUCUCUCUUCUGCUGAAGCAGAAUACAGGGCCCUAAGUAAAGUUGUGGCUGAAUUGUCUUGGUUGGCUCGCUGGUUCUUUGAUCUAGGUGUGCAUCUAUCAUCACCUAUACCUAUUUUUUGUGACAGUAUGGUUGCGAUUCAUAUUUCUAAGAAUCCGGUAUUCCACGAGCGCACCAAACACAUUGAGCUCAAUUACCAUUUCAUCCACACUAAGUUGUCUGAUGGUUUGAUAUCUUUGAGUCACAUUAAUACUGCUUCCCAGCCAGCUGAUGUAUUCACAAAGUCUCUUGCAG